AUGGCUGAAAAUAUAGCAAACAACUCUGCGGCGCCCUCUGCAGAGCCAGCUGCUGCGUCUAGUGAUGGUUUUCCUUCCAUCAGCGCGACCGAGGGGACAGAAGUUCCCAGGAACGAUGACGUCAUCACAUUAGCGGAUCGGGAGAAAGCAGCCCGUCUUAUUCAGAGGACUUAUCGCGGAUAUCGAACGCGACGUGAACUACAUGGGUUGGGCCUGAAUGCAUCUGCGCGAUGGUCCGAGGCCUUAAAGGAAGCAAGAUGGCACCAGCUCUACCGUCCCUCCAUUUCGCCAGCCGGCGCAGGCGCAGAUGCCUCCAAACAAGUGCACCAAAAAUGGGAAAGAGUCGUCAACGUCGCUAUGCAAGCCGGCAGUGAUGACGGCAGGUUCAGGAACGAGACCAACUCUUCAAAGCUGCACCCAGCUAGUCCAAUGGCUACAGGACUGUGCUCCGAAACUGCGCCGGCGAAUGCUUCUUCCACUCCUCCUAGAUCGCGAUUUCGCCGCUCAUUUCCCAUUCUCCACCACGAAGUGCCAUCUCAGAAGAUGGCGAAGAUGAUGGACCAACGGUACUUUCUCGAAAUGGUCGAUCUCAAGCAUCGCCAUGGCAGCAAUCUGCGCAAGUAUCACAAUUAUUGGAAAAACUGUCCCUCAACCCAGAACUUUUUCUACUGGCUUGAUUAUGGCGAGGGGAAAGACUUGGAUUUGCCUGAGUGUCCCCGUGAGAAGCUGGAGCAUCAGCAGGUGCGCUAUCUCAGCCGAGACGAGCGGCUGAAUUAUCUGGUCACGGUGGACCAGGCAGGUCUCUUCCGCUGGGCAAAGAACAACGAGCUUGUGUGCACGGAUAGUACACGCUUUAAGGAUAGUCUCAAGGGUAUUGUGUCGAUUGAUGAGGAUGCGAUGCAAUUUAGAGGUCAUUCCGAGUCUGGAUAUCCGGUGGUUGCGUAUGCAUCAAGCUCGUCUUCCAUAUCAAGUCUGUCGUCGUCUGAUGAAGACUCAGCGGAUGAUAGUCCCGGCGAACAACUCAACCAAGGUUAUGAGGAAGCGAAAGGGAUCAACAAACUAGUCCAUAUCACCCCGUCGGUGAUGCGCAACCAUUUUGCUCGCAAACCCGCAAAGAGAAAAGACAUGUGGUUAUUUGUCGCGGACACAUCAUUUCGUCUCUACAUCGGUAUCAAGGAAAAGGGAGCAUUCCAACAUUCGUCAUUUCUACGGGGUGCGCGCGUUGCUGCUGCAGGUUUGAUCAAAAUCUGGAACGGCCAGCUGCGCAGUGUAACACCUUUAAGUGGCCAUUACCGUCCACCCUCGGCCAAUUUUCGCGCCUUUGUUCACGCCUUGCAGGAUCAAGGUGUAGACAUGUCCCAUGUCUCUAUAACAAAAUCGUACGCCAUCCUUGCAGGCAUGGAGGGAUACACUCGGACGAAGCACAAAUUGCGAGCCCUGCACGAGACGCUGGAUGAUUCUAAAGAGAAACUUCUCCACGGCCGACAGAACAAUAGACACGUUGGGACGGAUGCGCAGGUGUCGGACGAAAAAGCCAUCCAUAAAGAUCAGACCGAAUGUUCUGCAACGGCAGUUAAUAAAGAACGCUUGAGUGUGAACGAUAAGGAAAGCGAUGGUCGAGAUUUGCCUGCAAGAUUGAAGAUCCACCAGACAUCUGCUUCGCAGGAUUCGACAGGUCCCAGCGAUGAACCCGCUACUAUGCCUGAUGACGUUUGA